AGACGUGACACUGGACAGACAGUGAGCAGAGAGCGCAGAGGCAGAGGGGUGGCCCAUGGCUGAGGCCUCACUCACAGAGCUGAGCGGAGCCGCGGAAGCCACGCCCUGCCCCAGUGUCCUGGAGCUGGAGGAGCUCUUGAGGGCGGGGAAGGUCUCGUCCUGCAACCGCGUGGACGAAGUUUGGCCCAACCUUUUCAUAGGAGAUGCGGCCACCGCAAAUAACCGCUUUGAGCUGUGGAAGCUGGGCAUCACCCAUGUGCUGAACGCCGCCCAUGGGGGCCUCUACUGCCAGGGCGGCCCUGACUUCUAUGGCAGCAGCGUGAGCUACCUGGGGGUGCCAGCCCACGACCUCCCUGAUUUCGACAUCAGCGCCUACUUCUCCUCCGCAGCCGACUUCAUCCACCGCGCCCUCAGCACACCGGGGGCUAUCUAUCAAGUGUCUGGAAUGUACCGACCACUGAGCCAAGUACUGGGACCCCAGAAUGAAACAAGGCAUCCCGUCCUCAUCCGUGGGGAUUAAUCGACCUUAAACGAAGGCCAAGGUCCUGGUGCACUGUGUGGUGGGCGUGAGCCGCUCAGCCACACUGGUCCUGGCCUACCUCAUGCUGCACCAGCAGCUGUC